AUGUCGGCUCUAGUACAUGCUGCAAUUCUAUUCGCUUCUUUCCGUUUAUCGCACUGCCAAAAUACAUUCGAGUUUUCACAGUCCAACUUUGUAUCUGCAAGUGACGGUUCUCUGACAAUCAACUCUACUGUUUUGUUGAAUGAUGGCACAUCCAUUCCUCUGUUUGGUUUUGGAGUCUACCCUUUGCGAGUAGGUGAGGAGACAGAAAAUGCUGUUCGAUGGGCUCUGCAGUAUGGAUACAGGCAUGUGGACACAGCAUCGAACUAUGGGAAUGAGGAGAGUGUCGGCAGGGUUGUGAUGAAUUCAGGGAUACCGAGAGAAGAGAUAUUUAUUACGACAAAGAUCUGGAAUGAUGACCACGGAUAUGAGAAAACCCUGGAAGCUGGAAGAGCAAGUCUUGCUAGGCUCGGUACUGGAUACAUUGAUCUGUUACUGAUGCAUGCACCUGGUGAACAGACUGUCACUACGUGGCAAGCAAUGAUUCAACUGAAAGAAGAAGGAGUGUGCAGGUCGGUGGGCGUGUCCAACUUUGGUGUUCAUCACCUGGAAGAGCUGCAUAAGACAACGGGUGUCACUCCAUCAGUCAACCAAAUUGAAUUGUCACCAUAUCUACAGAGACGAGACAUCGUGGACUAUUGUCAAGCUCACGGCAUUGCAUUGGAGGGGUAUUCCCCUCUGACCAGAGGACUUAAACUCAAAGAUCCAAUUCUUGUAAAAAUAGCAGCCAAAUAUCCCGGUAAGACGACAGCUCAUGUGUUGCUUCGAUGGUCAGUCCAACAGCGAUACAUUACAAUACCUAAAUCAGGCAAGGAGGAAAGAAUAAAAGCCAAUAUUGAUGUUUUUGAUUUUAAUCUGGAUGAAGAAGAUAUGGCCGAAUUGGAAACACUGGAGGAGUACUUUUUGACAGACUGGGAUCCUACUGUUGAUGAAUGGAAACCGUAGCUAUCACUUACAGGAAAUUGAGACUGGAGAUGAAUUGAUGUGCUGCUGCAGAUCAUUUUGUUUUGGAUUGUGUGUGUGGGUGUGGUUUCCAUUUGUUGAUGGGCAUCAGGGCGUGUGUGUGUUGCCUGAGUGUGUGAACUUGUGUGAGCAGGCAUGGGUAUGACAAUGAGGUUUUGAUGGUUAAGGUUGUUCUCAGUGAAUCUUUAUAAU